AAGACUCAUCGUUUUCUCUCUUGCUUCGUGUCUUGUUUUGUUUUUGUUUGUGUAAGAGCUUAUGUCCUGUUCUUCAAUCACCAGAUAGAUUCUCUCUUCAUUUCCAAAAUUUAACCACAAAAAAAACAGUUAAGAAAAGAAAAAUCCAACUUUUUUAUUUUAGAUCCAACAAUGCUAAUUUUUCUUUAUCAAAUUUAGGGUUUUUUUUUCACCAUCUUUCUUUCUCUAACCCUUCAAUCCAAUUCUCCAGCUGGGUUUUCUUGUUUUAGUCUCCUGAAUCCGAUUUAGCUAAAAAGUUCCAAGUUUUUACACCAGAUCAGAGGUUGAACCUGUGUGUGUGAUUUUGCUGGUUUUGGUGCGGGGAUUUGUGGCCGUUUGAUUUGUUGACGUUUUGGGUUUGAAUUGAUGAUCAAAAGAGGAUAAGAUUGGUUGGUGGAAUUUUGAUUUGGUUAGCGUUCCAUGCUUGCAUGUAGAGAAUUGAGGAGUUUGGGUGCUCAAAGUUUAAUCAUUUUUGUUGAUUAUCAUUAAGGGCUUUUGGGGUUUUUAAUUUACAGUGUUGGUUUUUUUUUUUUUUUUAGUUGUAGAAUUUUGCAUGUAUAAGCAUUAAGGGGUCCUCUGCUAAAUUGUAGAGGAUCCCUAUUCACCGGUGUUGGUUAGUUUUUAUAGUUUUUGCUGUGAAUUGGGGAGAUGAAACAGAUAGAUAUUUGAAUUGUGGUUUCUUUUGGAGGGAUUAUUCUAGAGUUGGCAUUUUAUUGAUUGGUGGUGUGCUAAGUAUUGAGUGUACUUAUAUAAAUUAUUUUUUGGACGGAAGAUGUUUGGUUCUGGUUCCACUACUGGCCAUGAUAAUAGUGGUGUAAGUCCAGUGCGCUUCGUGUGGCCUUAUGGAGGUGGAGAAGUGUCUAUCUUUGGUACCUUUACCAGGUGGACUGAUCUUAUACCCUUGUCUCCGAUGGAGGGGUGUCCUAAUGUAUAUCAAGUUGUUGUUAGCUUAGUUCCUGGAUUGCAUCAGUUCAAGUUCUAUGUAGAUGGACAAUGGAGGGUUGAUGAGCAGCUAUCCUUUGUUAGUGGGCCUUAUGGCCUGGUAAAUACUGUUGUCUUAACUAGGGAUCCUCCCCAAAACAUUGAUUCCGAGACACCUGGGAGAUCCAACAUGGAGCUGGAUGAUGUUUCCGUUUGCCCGGAAGUAAUCCAAGGGAUGUCAGCAGCAGACUUGGAGGUUUCUCGUCAUCGUAUUUCUGCAUUCUUGUCCACACAUACUGCGUAUGAGUUGCUUCCAGAGUCAGGCAAGAUUAUUGCCUUGGAUGUUACUCUACCUGUGAAGCAAGCCUUUCAUAUUCUCUAUGAACAGGGCAUCCCUACGGCUCCUCUCUGGGAUUUUUGUAAGGGUCAGUUUGUUGGUGUGCUUGCUGCAUUGGACUUCAUCUUGAUUCUGAGGGAGCUUGGAACUCAUGGAUCUAAUCUGACGGAGGAAGAAUUAGAGACACAUACUAUAUCUGCUUGGAAGGAAGGAAAAAUGCAUCUCAGCAGACAAAUUGAUGGCAGCGGGAGAGCAUAUUCUAAACAUCUGAUCCAUGCAGGGCCAUAUGACUCGCUGAAAGAUGUUGCUUCAAAAUUUUUGCAAAACAGCAUAUCAACAGUUCCCAUCCUUCAUUCUUCUGCUCAGGAUGGUUCAUUUCCCCAGCUGCUACAUCUUGCUUCCUUGUCUGGAAUACUAAAAUGUAUAUGCAGGUAUUUCAGACAUUCUGCUGGCUCCUUACCCAUUCUUCAACAGCCAAUUUGUUCAAUUCCUUUGGGUACAUGGGUUCCAAAAAUUGGGGAACCAAACAGACGACCAUUUGCUAUGUUGAAACCAAAUGCUUCUCUCGGUGCUGCCCUCUCUUUGUUGGUUCAAGCCAAUGUCAGUUCAAUACCAAUCGUAAAUGAUAAUGAUUCACUGCUGGAUGUGUAUUCUCGAAGUGAUAUCACUGCCUUGGCAAAAGAUAAAGCCUAUGCACAAAUUCAUCUUGAUGAAAUAAGCAUUCACCAGGCACUGCAGUUGGGUCAGGAUGCAAAUUCUUCAUAUGGAUUCUUCAAUGGACAGAGGUGUCAGAUGUGUUUACGGACUGAUUCUCUACACAAAGUGAUGGAGCGAUUGGCAAAUCCUGGGGUUAGGAGACUUUUGAUCGUGGAAGCUGGCAGCAAGCGUGUAGAAGGGAUCAUCUCACUGAGUGAUGUCUUCAAGUUUCUGUUGGGGGUAGGGUAGAUGCUGGGGUUGCUGUGGUGACAUUGGAGAGGACCGCAGUCAUUACUCAUUAUUUUCUUUCCUAGGAUAGAAAAUUCAAAGAGCAAAAAAGCAUUUGUAAAUUGUGAGUCUUCAAUUUUCCCCCAUAUAACCUAAUGGUUAUAAAGUCAAAUCAUGCUGCUGGAACUGCCAUGUUUAGUGCUAACAGAGAAUGGAGUUCAAAGUGCAUUAAGUUGCUCAUGGCAAGUUGGCAACCCCUGCUGUUGGCAGUCUGUACUUACAAAUAUGGGUGGUUGAUUCAUUUUCAGUUUCUGAUCUCAGCUUAUUAAUUCUAGCUUAGUUUUGCACUCAUGCUUGGGUUGUCUUGUUCU